AUGAAGGCAUUAGAAGAUGAAAAUUGUAAUAUGGUUGGAUUACAAGGCUUAGGAGGAACAGGCAAAACAUUGAUGGCAUUAAAAGUCAGUGAAAAUCUUGAAGGAUCUCAUUUUAGCAAAGUUAUCUUUCUUGUUGUGUCUAAGCCUCCUGAUUUCAAAAACAUUCAACGUGAAAUUGUGAGACAAUUAGAUUUGAAAUCAAAGGAUGAAAAGGAGGAAGAACUCUUAGAGGGAAUAUGGUCCCAAAUCACUAGUAUGGAAGAAAAGCUACUUAUAAUACUAGAUGAUAUGUGGGAAGAGUUUGAUCUCAAGAAAAAGUUAGGGAUUCCAUCUAUCUCCCAGCAUAAGGAUUGCAGUGUACUGAUAACUACAUGCAACAUAAACAUUUGUCAAAAUAUGGGAUGCCAAAAGAUCAUUCAACUAGAGAAGCUAAAUGAGGAGGAUGCAUUAAAUCUUUUCCAUGCAAAUGCUAGUAUGAAUAAUUCCAACAUUUCUAAGAAGUUAGUUUGA